ACAAACAUGGCUAACGCUGGACAUGAAUUGCUAUUUUGCAGCGUCAGAGAUCAGUUGUCGUCUGCACAAGAUGUUGUUGUGAGUUCUUUACAUUGGUGCUUGGUCAGCAAUGAUUUCAAAUGCAUUGGUAGCGGAGAAAGGGUUCCAGCUCAUCCUCGUCAAAGCGAGAUGUUGCCCUCACACUGGAACUCUUCACAAGAUGUGUACAUGCUCCUGUACCAACACAACCACAAGACAUAUCUGCUGAAGAUUGUACAGAUGGACAGCAUGCUUCUAGUACAUUUGAUGCGUCACGAAGAUGAAAAGAUAACAAGCAUGUCCAUAAAGGUAAAAGACUUUGCCACGGAAGAUUUCUCUACAUUCCACAGUGCCACCAAAAAUAUGAGUAAACUGCAGUCAAGAGUCAAGCAAGAGCUACUGUCUGAGUUUCUUGCAGGGAAUGCUCACCAGAGGGCAGCAGGUAGCAGGAGGGGACAGGGUCAUAGUAGAGAUGAGGAUGAUCCUCUGAGGAUACCACCGUCACAUUCACAGAGGAGCAGGCAUGAAUGGGAGCAACAGAAUGAUCCUUUUGCUGUAGGAGGAGCUGACCUUGACCCAUUUGGGGGUCAUCCUGGGGGUGGUGGGAUGCUGAUGGACCCCAGGAGAGGAGGGUUGCCUGGAGUGAGACCAGACCCCAGUGCGGGACUGCCGGGACGAUUACCUCCUGGAGCAGUGCCACCUGGUGCCAGAUUUGAUCCAUUUGGUCCUGGGCCUCUUGGAGGUAAUAGGGCUGGUCCAGACCCAGACCACCUCCCUCCUCCAGGUUAUGAUGAUAUGUUCAUGUGACCACAUUCACAGCAUCUGAUUGGCUUAGAUCAGUCACAUGGACAAAUAUGUUCCAAGUGUUUGGGUUCAUAGAGGGCGAGUGUUGGGUUUGAUUUGAGAGAUAAGUUCAAAGUUAUUGGUUAUUAUACUACACACAUUUCUCAAAAUCUCCACAGCCAAGGAAUCUGACAGUGAUCAUUGGGUAGUAUACUAUAGCCAGUAGAACUGGACAUUAGGAGUAGUCACUGUAAAAUUUCAGGUUUGAUUAUUCUUAUUUUGAACAGUUAAUCUGAAAAGAAGUUCAGACGGCUGGGAACAGCUUUCAAGCUUGAGGUUUCUUGACACAUUUUAUAAUGCUACAUCAUCGUUAUUUUCAAUUUUGAUUCUAGUAGAAUCCAGACAGAAUUUUUGUAAAAGCAGUUUUGUUUAGAAGUUUCAUUGGGCAGUAAAAAGAAUUUUGUAAUAUUUAAUAUUUAAACUUUGGUGCAAUUUAGAAAGUUACAUGUCAUUAAAUGUUAUAAUUUUGGGAAUAAAUCAAAUAAAGCUGUUCAACAAUAUUUUUCCCUAAAACAAAAGGGGUAUGGACAUUAUGUUGUCAUCAUCCAUUUUUUCAACCUCUGACAUGCAAAAUA